AUGCCUCAAAAAGCCAAACCACAUGUACAACCGCCGCGGCCUGCUUCGCACACUGCAUCCCCGCCUCGUAGUGAUCCCCCCUCCUGCCUGGUCGAGGCCACAGGUGGGGCUCCAUCACAUGACUUCAAGGCCGAACUACUCUCGUCACUCCGUGUGGAAAUGGCAGCUAUUUUCAGAGCUGAACUUCAGGCUGCAUCGACCGAGACCUUGUCAAGCAUCAAGACUGAACUACAGGCAGUGAAAUCGGAGUUAUCCAGCAGCAUUGCAAACAUCCAGUCUGAGGUGCGCACUCUGAAGAACACCGAGGCUUUUGAGCUGGAGAAAGAGCCACUCGUGGACCGCGCACAUCGUACUCUCCAGCCGAAGCCGGGAGAGCGCCCUCGACCCAUAAUCGCUCGUCUUCACUAUCAUACAGACUGUGUGGACAUAUUGCGCCGAGCCAGAACCCAGCAGCGGAUCAAGGUUGGAGAGCUGAGUUUCUCCGUCUUUCCCGACCAUACCUCGAAGACGGCUCGUGCCCGAGCCGCCUUUAAUGAUGUUCGUCGCCGGCUCCGGGAGAUACCAGGGAUCCGCUAUGGUCUGCACUACCCGGCGCGGCUCCGGAUCACUCACAACGGUGCGGAGAAGAGGUUUGACUCGGCGGAGGAGGCCAGCGCAUUCAUCGGGUCGCUCAACUUGUUGGAGUGGGUUGAGAUCAUCGAGCCGCGCACGCGGGAGCACAUGUAUGCCAACCUGCUGACGGGUGAGUGUGUUUGGGACCCUCCACAGGGGGUAUGCAUCAAGCGGACCGGUGAGAAUCAGUGGUGGGAGCUAUUUGACCCCAAUACCUCGCGCUUCUACUAUUACAACGCCUCCACCCAACGCACAGUUUGGCACCGGCCCCAGGCAUGUGACAUCAUCCCCCUGGCAAAGCUGCAAACCCUGAAGCAGCACACUGAUGCUACCAACCCCCGUCCUGCAGGAGGAGGAGGAGGACGAGCGUCAGCGGACAACAGCCCAGGACGGAACAGUUGCGUCAGCCGAGAGGGAAGCAUUUCCUCUUCCCUGGAUCAGGAGCUGUCUGAAAAACAGGGCAACAGAGAGGAGACAGACAGGACUUCUCCCUUCAGGUGGAACACCGGUACGAAAGAGCGAAUGCUGAUCAAGGUGACAGACAGAGAGCCCAGUUUUUUGGCCCACCAAGGAAAUGGUUACUCCCCCUGUGACCCCCCUACCCCUUGCGCUCCUUCUGGAGGGGGCACCACUUCACGAACACGGCGCUCCUCUGGAGGAAACCCACCAUCAGAGCCUGAUGGCUCCCCCGUUCUCUAUUCCGACCGCCGUCAAUCUCCCUUCCUGAAGCGCGCUGAGCUUGGUGGAACCGGCACCCACCGCCGCUCCUCUGAUUCCCAGCCUCCCUCGCCUCGCUAUGCCUAUGAACCCCCACUGUACGAGGAGCCGCCAUCAGAGUACCAGCCCCCUCCUAUCUAUGAGGAGCCUCCCACUGACAUGCAACUCUCUGACUCCUCUUCCUUCUACGGUACUGGCAAGUCACCAGCUCGCAAGUCUUCAGCCCCCCUCUAUCACUCCCCCAAACAGGGCCAGUCGCCCUAUGGCCAGCUGGUUCUGACCAGGCAAAAGUGUCCAGAAAAGACCCAAAGUCUGGAGUACAGUCCUGUGGGGAAGGAGUAUGUCAAACAGCUGGUGUACGUAGAGCAGUCAUCUUCCAGUCCUCGCUUCAAGACUGCUGACCGCCUGCUCCGUUACGGCACUAGUGGGGGCUAUGGUGGCUCAUAUGGGGGGUCCUAUACUCUGCAGCACAGCCAGUCUCUGAUCAGGGACCCCCGCCUACUGCUGGAUUACAGUGGGGAGGGUGGAGAGGGAGGAAACCGCAAGCGAAAGAGUCGAAAGCCCUCCCUCCCACAGGAGCUGGCAUAUUGUGGGGGCCCAGAGGGGGAGCUUACAGGCACAGCAUCCGAAGCAAUGCUAGCCCAGGCAAGGCUUGCGUGGGAGGCCCAGCAGGUGAUGAAACAGAGAAGUAGUUGGGACUCGGGCCAGGGAGGUGGGGUUGCCCAAGGUGGCAGCUCCAAAGAUGGCUACGAGAGCGAUGGGGCCAUUCCUCUGCCGUUACCGGGGCCAGUGGUGAGGGCAUUCAGCGAGGAUGAGGCACUAGCACAGAGUGACAGCCACCACCACUGGAAACGCAGCACCUUUGACCGGCUAGGCUUCCCUCAGGCUCUACUGGAGAAAAGCCUCUCUGUCCAGACCAACCUGGCCUCUCCUGAGCCUUACCUCCACCCAUCACAGUCGGAGGACCUCGGAGCCUGUGCGCAGUUUGAGGCUAGUCGAAAUGCCAGGAAUAUGAUGCCGAGUGCCAGCUGUGGCAUCUUCCCAGAAUUCACCCUGAGGAAGCCCUCCUCUGAGACUGACAUCGAGAACUGGGCAUCUAAGCACUUCAACAAACACACACAGGGUCUGUUUAGAAGAAAAGUUUCCAUUGCCAACAUGCUGGCCUGGAGCAGUGAGCCCAUCAAGAAGCCAAUGAUCGUGACCUCAGAUCGCACAGUUAAGAAGGAGGCAGUGGAUAUUUUUAAGCUCAUUCAGACAUACAUGGGAGACCGUCGCUCAAAGGUUGACCCCCUCUCUGUGGCUCUGGAGGUGGUGGUGCGUGGGUGGAGUAACCAGGGCCUGCGUGAUGAGCUCUACAUACAGCUUUGUCGUCAAACUACAGAGAACUUCCGCUAUGAUAGCCUGGAACGAGGCUGGGAGCUGAUGGCUAUCUCUCUGGCCUUCUUCCCCCCCACGCCCCGCUUCCACAACUAUCUGGAGGGCUACAUCUACCGGCACAUGGACCCACUUAACGACACCAAGGGAGUAGCCAUCAGCAGCUAUGCUAAAUACUGUUACAGGAAACUAACUAAAGCUGCACUGACUGGACCCAAGAAGGGCCUGCAAAAGCCCUGUCUGGAGGAGAUCAUGCAUGCCAGAAAUGCCAUUUUCAGUCCCUCCAUGUUUAGUUCCUCGCUGGAGGAGGUAAUGGCCCUGCAGAAGGAGAGGUAUCCAGACAGCCAGCUACCUUGGGUGCAGACUCGCCUCUCUGAAGAGGUUCUGGGACUUAAUGGGGACCAGACAGAAGGCAUCUUCAGAGUACCAGGUGACAUUGAUGAAGUCAAUGCCCUCAAGCUGCAAGUGGAUCAAUGGAAAAUCCCCACAGGACUGGAAGACCCACACAUCCCAGCAUCCCUGCUGAAGCUCUGGUACAGGGAGCUUGAGGAGCCACUGAUCCCUCACGAGUUUUAUGAUGAGUGUAUCAGUCACUAUGACAACCCAGAGGCAGCCAUCAAUGUGGUGCUUGGUCUGCCACACAUCAACAAACUGGUGCUCUGCUACCUCAUCCGCUUCCUACAGGUGUUUGCUCAGUCUGCCAAUGUGGUCAUCACCAAGAUGGAUGUGAACAACCUGGCAAUGGUCAUGGCUCCCAACUGUCUCCGCUGCCAGUCAGACGACCCCAGGAUCAUCUUUGAGAAUACUCGUAAGGAGAUGUCCUUCAUCCGUGUGCUCAUCCAGCGGCUGGACACCAGCUUCAUGGAUGGAAUCCUAUAG